CGACGGCCCGCGGGGAUGACGUCAUUCGAGCGCCGGGGCUCGUUGAUUUGCGUGGCGGGCGUGGGAACCGGAAGUGCUGUAGGAGCAACCGCAGCUUCCCGGCUCGGUCGCGGGCGGCUUGGCGUGGAGACCGAAACCUUUGGGGGCCUCAGAGCCAUGGGGAAGAAGAGUAAGAACGGAGUCCCGGACAGAUGGACUCAUUACAUACCUCUUGGAAAGAGAAUACCUGGAACACGCUUUAUUGCUUUUAAAGUUCCACUUAAGAAGACUUUUGAUUGGAAACUUGCUCCAAAUGAACGGUUUUCUCCAUUAGACCUUAUUAAUCAGGUUGCAGAACAGAAAGAAGAACUUGGCUUGGUCAUUGACUUAACAUAUACCACCCGCUAUUAUGAGCCAGAGGAGCUCCUAGGCACAACGCAGUACUGUAAAAUUGUAACUUUUGGCCAUGAAGUACCAAAUAAUGAGACAGUGUUUGAAUUUAAAAGCGCUGUUAAAAAGUUCCUGAUGGAGAAUCAACAUAACGACAAGCUUAUUGGAGUUCACUGCACACAUGGUUUGAAUCGAACUGGUUACCUUGUUUGCAGGUACCUAAUUGAUGUUGAAGGGAUGGAUCCAAACAUGGCAAUAGAAUUGUUUAACAGUUGCAGGGGGCACUCAAUAGAAAGGAAGAACUACAUUGAUGCCCUUAGGGGAGGAUCUGGCAGAAGGAAUCAUCAUAUGGCUGCUUCAGGACGUGGUUGGAUGAAAGGGUACCAUGGCCCUGUUGGAAAUCCUGGAUUUCAAGCAAUUACAUACAGUCAGCAACAUUUGCAACAGUUCCCACUGGAAACACCAAGGCACUUCCCACCAAGGAGAGGAAGGGGUGGGCAAAACCCACAGAGAAAACCCUAUCAUACCAGUCACAGAAACCUCAUCAACUGUUAUGACAGUGGUCAGUCUGUUUACCAUCCUCAGUACCUCCCUACAGCUGGCAUCACUCAGCAAGGAUUGGAUUACCCUGUUAGGCCCAGCCAGGGGCUACACUAUUCAUCUUACCAGCAACAGUGGCAAGGACAUGCGGGACCUCAUUUUCCAGUGCAGAGUCCUCAUUAUCCGCAGCAACAAGGACGAUAUAAAAUUGACAGACGGCACCGUUGAAAACUCUGUUGAUGGAAACCUAACAGGCAAGGAGGACACAGUCUCAUACUAAUGAACAUAAAUGAAUUAUUGCCUUGCGAUUUAGCCAGCAGACGAGACCCAAUAGGUUACAUUGUUGUUGCUGUUUAUUUAUUACUCACCUUCACUCUGUGGUUUCAGGGCAGGACUACUUUGUACCACAUUACACCAAUGCUGUGUAGUUUUCAUUUUGUGAUUGCUUACCAGCAGGAUGUAGCCAUUCCAGCCAUUAAAUGAAUUCAUAAUU